UUGGAAGUUUGAGAUUUUCUCAAUUCUCCUUUUAUUUUUCCGUUGCGGUUUGCGUGUAAAUUGGCUAAUUUAAACCUAAACCUAGUGAACCGGUGCUUGAUGUCUCAAGAAUUCGUAUCAGUAUCUUUAUUUUCACCAAUCUGUAGCUAAAGAUCAAAGUAGUAACUUGUGAUAGUUACUGGUUUUUUUUUCAUUUUUUACUUUGUAUUCAAUUAUUGGCUUAAAGAAAAUGACUGAAAGCUCUUCAGACGAACAAAAUUCUAAACGAAAAGAUUUCAUAUGCGGCGUCGUGGAAGGCUUCUACGGUCGCCCGUGGACCACUGAGCAGAGGAAAGAUCUAUUCCAAAAGCUUAAAAAAUGGGGUCUAGACAUGUACGUCUAUGCUCCAAAAGACGAUUACAAGCAUCGCGCAUACUGGCGAGAACUCUACACUGUGGAGGAGGCAGAGCAUCUAACUUCUCUCAUAACUGAGGCAAAGUCGCAUGGCAUAACAUUCUGCUAUGCUUUAUCUCCAGGACUGGACAUAACUUAUAGUAGCCAGAAGGAAAUAACUACUUUAAAAAGAAAAUUGGAACAGGUCUCCCAAUUUGGUUGCAUGUGUUUUGCAUUACUCUUUGACGAUAUUGAGCCUGAGAUGAGUGAAGCAGACAAGCAGAUAUUCCAAAGUUUUGCACAUGCACAGGUUUCCGUAACCAAUGAAAUCCAUCAACACCUGGGCUGCCCUAAAUUCCUGCUGUGUCCCACACAGUACUGUUCUACGCGGGCCGUCCCCACGGUCAUCAGCUCGGAGUACCUCAACACUCUUGGCACUAAACUGUCGCAGGAAAUUGAUAUCAUGUGGACUGGCCCCAAAGUGAUAUCAAAAACUCUAACAACUGAAUGCAUAGAGGAAAUAACUCAAGUUUUGCGGCGGCCGCCGGUCAUAUGGGAUAACUUACAUGCCAAUGAUUAUGACCAGAAGAGAAUUUUCUUGGGCCCCUACUGUGGGAGAUCCCCAGAACUGAUACCUUUAUUGCGCGGCGUACUUUCCAACCCCAACUGUGAAUACAACGCCAACAUGCUGCCUAUAUGGACGCUGGCUCACUGGGCACGAUGUAGUUUGGAUGCGCCUACACAUAUGGAAGCAGUAUCGUGGGACAUAAAGUUGGAGCGAGAGAGCGAACAGGGUGUGUGUGAAGAUGAUAUGCCCAUGUCACUGGGCAAACAUGUCUACCACCACAGACAAGCACUUAGACAAGCAAUCAACGAUUGGCUGCCUGAAUUCUCUAUACCUAAGGCAGCACAGGGGCCUGUGAUAAAACCCCAAACACCUAUUAGUGCGCCUCCAGUGCCCAUAAUACCGAUCCUGCCGUCCAUCAACACUUGCAUGUCGCUGAUGACGGCCACUAGCAGCACCACUACCACUAGUACUGCGGACCUCGCGCCCGCCAUCCCUACUGUGAACACGAGCCAACUACAGGCGCUAGCCGAUGUGUGUUCCGCCACGCCUGACCGCCCUAUGAUGUCUACUGGAAUAUCACCAAUAGAAACUUUCAACCCGAUGCCUACCCCUGUAAUGAAUUCCCUAGUUUCACCCACCAAAGUGAUUCUCAACGAAUCCAUACCUAACCCCAUAAUACCAAUUGCCAAUUCCAACAUGUCCCUCCCAUCAGAAAUACCCGUUUCAACCCUACCCGUACCACUCAUGGGGUUGAAAGCUAUCGAUGUUGAGAACAGGGAAAAAAUCGAGACAGAUCAAACGAUGGCUGAUAAAAUCGAUAUGAACGAAUCCGUAUCGAAUGAUAGUGUGUUGGAAUCGCCUAGUUUUAUAGAACACAUGAAAAAGGGUAAGGAUGAAGAUGAUCAAAUUAUUGUUGAUGAUGUUGACCCGGUGGGUGAACAACAGCAGAAUGGGGAUAUGAGUGUUGGAGAUACUCCGCAAACCCUGAGUCCAACACGGCCAGCCUUGGAGCCGUUGGAUGUGGACCCCCCUUCCAACGCCGCCACUGACUCUGAUGUUAUCAUGCACGAUCAACUAAGCGAGAAUGGUUCAAUGCAAGUGGAGCCUAGCAACAGCCCGUUGAGCGCUGACAUGAUGGUAGAAUCCUCGGAAACCGCCGACGUAACUGAUGAGCCAGUAGAUGAAUCAUCGCAAGAACCGGACGCCCUCACGACAGACGAUCUGUUACUGUUAUGCGAUCUGUUCUAUCUGCCAUUCGAGCACGGCUCCCGAGGUCUGCGAAUGAUGCACGACUUCCACUGGCUCACCACCCACGCCACUAGCAUACUGCCUAGAGGCAACAAACCAGAAACAAGCGAAUGGCGUCGUCGCUUACGUCGUUUCUCGUGGUGGGCGGGGCGCACCAGGCGUCUCGCGCGGAGGGUCGCGUGCGCGCCCAACAGGGAACUGCACGCGGAACUGCGACCUUAUCUGUGGGACCUAUGUGCUGUAUUGGCGUUGCUACAAGCCUUCUUACGGUGGCUUGAACUUGGAAAAUUCCCUCCCAGCAUAGCGACCUACACACAGGGGACUUAUACAUGGUUCUCGAAAGGUUGGCGCGAAGCUUUCGAAAGUGGUGCCCAAGAACCCUGGGUUUUCCGAGGUGGUUUAACGGCUGAUCUUCGGAGAUUGUUGCCCGUGGAGUGCAGUGGCGACGCGCUGAGACCGCACUGCAUGCCCACCGGCCUGCCUCUCAACGUGCGACCCUAUACACCCGCUGACGAGGAAGCGGUAUGCACAAUAUGCCACAAGACAUGUCGAGACGGCUCUGAUUGUAGUGAUUUGUUUCCACGCGAUCUUCAAACUCUACCGGCAGAUAGAUUGGUGAUGCCGUUCCUAACUUUGACGCCUGAACUGUGCAUGGUGAUAGAGGACGACGGGCUCGGCGAUGUGGACAACGAGGACGGCGACGGCGACGACCCCGAUGUGGACUGCGAAAUUAAAUCCAUGAAACACAACGCUAUCAAACGAGAAAUUGUAGGUUACGCAUGUGCAGCGCUUAACAGCAAGGAGUUCUAUAAGAAACAGGAGAUCGCGUGGAUACCGGAGAUGUGCGUCAAGUAUCCCAAGGAGCUCAUGGAGAGAAACGACCUGGGCCCAGCUGCUAAGGAAUGCGUAGGCCACUUCCAUGAGUUUAGCACCCUGGAGCGCGCGCCGGACAGCGUAGUGCGUAGUCACCCGGCGCUGCUCACUUGCUGCGUGCUGCCGAAUAGAUCCGACUCUCUGGCGCCGGCUAGAUUGCUGACCUGCCUGCUGGCCGCGCUACGUGCUCACGGUGUAAAUGGCGUGCAUGCAUGCAUAAACGCAACGGACCACUACCUACAACAGUUCUACAACAAGCUAGGGUUUGUUGAGGUGUCGCGAAAUGGCGGGCGCGUGUUCCUCGCGCGCGCCUUCUAGCGCCAGAGACAGCUCUAUGUGCCUCGCUAGCGGCACCGCAGCCUCACCAGCGUGAGGCCCUUGGCUCUAGCCAUAGACAAACGACGGAGAAGACGUCGUUAAUUUAACUUUUUUAUUUUAAAGAUUAUUAGCCAUGCUAAUCAUGACGAAUGUGUUUUAAUGUAAUGUAUUUUAUAAUGUAGAUCAUUAAGUGCGUAUAGUGAAUACAGUAUAUCUAUAUAAUUGUAGUGCAGCUAUUAUACAGGGUCUAACCAGAACCUUAGCAAAAAUUUAGCGACUACUAUUAUACUACCUUAACGCUAAUCUUAAAUCCAAUGCCAAUAACCAUUUGUCUUAUCUCGUAGUUUUAGUGAU